UGAACUCUCUCAACCUGCGAUCACAUACUGUUAUCAGAUAUUGUUGGUUCUUUGAUAAUGACACUGCCUACAUAACUACUGCAAGAUUCGUGCGUUUACUUAGUCUCCCGUUGGUGUGGCUGGCUUAUCAGCCUCCGUCAAGGCAGCUAUUCUGAAACCAGAACAAACGCUCAGUUCACCACACCACAGCAGCCGUGCGCAAGUAGUGUGGACAUCUUAAGUCUCACCCAUGGGCCAGUGUCGGGUGGAUAUUCUGGCUAUCAUUCCGUUGGUAACGGUGUUGCUCUCUGAUAUCCUGGAGUUCCCAGUAGCUGUUCCUGAACAGGAUGAAGGAAUUCAGUCACUCUCGCGUGUAUGGAGUGGCAAGCGUGAAGCGAAUCAGCUGGUUUGACUUCUGUCAAAGAAUAUCUACAUGUAUAUGCCUUCUCGUGCCCGUGUUCACCGGACUGGUGUCAACAGCAUCGAACACUAGCUGCACCACCACCGGAUAUGGUCUGGUUUGGCCACGCUACGACCAUACCAAUAUCUGCAGGUUGAAAGGAAUGCGGAAGGUGUCACAGUGUAAGGACUAUGUGAUCUGUGAUCUGGAUUGCAAGAACACCAAAUGUGAUCAUCCCUGGUGGCGUACGGAUUUUAAGAUGGAGUAUGCAUGUAAGGACCAAAAUCAGCCUCCACCUGGUAUGCCUCGGCGGCUCAAAGUGACUGAGGUUGAAGCUAGCAGCGCACUUUCGUUUCAUGUCAACUGGGAGGACCCAGAAGAAUCAGACAACCUGGUGGGCUACCGCUUGGACCUCAAUCUGAGUGUAACAUACACGUAUCACAUCUCACUGAAAGCGCUACGGGACAGCGGCUUGAACAGUGGCAAGAACAAAGUAAUUUUCACCAGUGACAAAACUGUACACAGCGAGUCCGGCAUAAUGAUCACUCCAGCGGCAUUUGCAAUGUGCUUCGUUAGACACGAACGUCAGCGAAACUUUUCAGUCUCGGUGACCUCCCUGCCAUUGAAAAGUGAACAGGAUCAAACAAGUCGAAGCAAAACCAGGACAGUGCAAUCUUGCAGGGAUCUUGGUUGGCCCAAUUUGCCAAUAAAGAAAUUGGAGAUUGACUGUGCCGAACAAGAUAUGCCGAAAGUCCCUGACCAACCCCGAAUAUGUAAUAGUGAUGUAGGGUACAUCAACAUCAUGGGCAGUGUAGGUAUUGCAGUUGACGAGGAGAACAAGACGUCCGCCACCUUUAAUGUCCACUGGGAACGUUCUAUUCCCGGCGGAAGGGACCUACAACUCAAGGUCGCCAUGGGAAAUCUCUUUCCAGGUGGAGUUCCAUGUCACCGCAGCAAAACCUGGGAUGGAAUCAAAACAUUUUCUCUUCCAAAAGGUGCCUGGGAACUUUCUGUUCAAGUGGAGCUGGGCUACAUAAAUGAUCGCACGGAAUGUGCACUGGUCCAUCUGAACUACAUGUAUGAGCCGUGCACCAAAGAAUGGUCAACCGGCAAAACAUUCACUUUGAGAAGCAAUAUUUCCGAGCCCGGCAAUGUAACAUUGGAGCCCACAUUAUCACCGUCAACAGCACCCCUGGUUACAACUACUCAAAUCGAAACAACUGACCAGCUGCUCGAAGACAAUCUGAAACUUUCUAUCGGGAUAUCCGUAGGGGGACUGGCACUUGUUAUUUCCAUUCUGAGCAUUCUCCUGUUUUUGAGCAUCAGGCAUUCAAGAGGAUUUCAACUCCGGAUGUUAAAUGGCAAGGUCCGACCAAGGAAGGCACCAUGCCCAUCAGUGGCGACUGAAACCACCAACGUCUACCUUGGAUGCUCUGUCUAUCUCAGCUACUCACGCUACACGAGCACGAGUCUCGAGCAGGCACAGACGUUGUCCGACGCUCUUAAGCGCAAUCAGGUACAUGUCGUGUCUGAUAUCGAGCCCGAGGACUGUGCUGAGAUGGCGGACUGUUGUAACACUUGGCUGGACGAACAGCUAAAGUGUGUUGACUACAUUGUAGUCUUGCUGGACCAGCAUUACCCACUGAACCUGUCUAUGACAGAGGAAAUGUACAGCGCUCGACUGGAUGCUGAUUUCGAUGGCACUUUCAAACUGACCAUGGCCGAAGUGAACAAAAUUCAAUCCAUGGAGUUCUCUGGUCGUAUGUCACCCAACCAAAGGCUUCCACCUAUAAUACCAGUUCAUGUUGGCUCAGCAAAUGCCAUCAAGCCGCCGACAUUGCCUGUGAGUAUGUGUGCCAAGACGGUCUACAGACUUCCAAACGAUUAUUUUGUGGAUGAGGAGCAGUGCAAGCAGUUUCAGCAGCUUCUACAUCGGCUAUCCAAUCCAAGAAGAUCAUUCUCUGUGCAGAUUCUAACCUCACUCUAACAAUAUUACAUCAUUGUGCCGUAUAUGUGGGUUGAGCAACACCAGCCAUUACAUCAUGAGCAUUCUGCAAAAUCUCAAUACAUGUGUUUACAUGCAGUUACUGAUUGCUGUAGAUAGGUCAUUUAAUAGUGGAUUGUAGUAUUGUCUUUUUGGAGCCACAGAUACUUGAAAUGUAAUAUAUAAUAUACAUGGAAUAGGAUGCUGUCGCCUGUUGGCCAGGACUGAGUGGAUCACCUCUGCCACUUUGUGCACCUGUUUUCAGUAUCAUAGAGUAGCCUUUACAGCAAUCUCUAAAUGGUAACUGCUAUGCCAUUACGCUGCCGCUGCUGAUGCUGCUUCAUUUGCUGUUAUGGAGAGCAUAUAUGUAGGACUCAGUGACCAGUCAAGGCCCCAUGACCAAUCACGGUCCCCAUGACCAGUCAAACAGUCACAAACCCCCCAUGACCAGUCACAAAUUAGUUUACCAGUCACAAUGCCCCAUGACCAGUCACAAAUCACCAUACAUGUACAUGUGUAAAGUACACAGUUCGUGACUGCUCGCAGAGUGCUUCGUACUGCAGGAUUUGUUGUGGAAACUAUAAUUCCCUAUGAACGGUCACAGAAUACAGUUGUGACCACUAUAAUUCCAUGCGAACAGUUACAUGCGGAAUGUACAGUUGCAACCACUCUUUCUCUGUGAGUAGUCACAGGCAGAAUAUAGCUACUUCUGUAUUACAAGAGAGAUUGGAAGCUUUGUCACAACUCUGA